UGAGCUAGCCGAUUAGCCACGUCAUGUAAACUAGCCAAGAAGCAGUUCUGAUUAGCUGACAAACAUCGUCUUUGAGGGUUUACGAUCGAUUUUCUGUAGAAUAGUUAGUACUUUGUGCAUAUAUAUUUGCCCGUGAUUGUAUGGAAAGAUGUCAGAUAUCGGAGACUGGUUCAGAAGCAUCCCUUUAAUCACCCGAGCAUGGUUUGCUGGGUCCAUAAUUGUUCCCUUCAUUGGAAAGCUAGGAUUAAUUAAUCCUAUGAACCUCGUGCUGGCACCACAAUUGUUCUUCAAUAGAUUUCACCUAUGGAGGCCUGUAACGUCAACCCUGUACUUUCCAAUCUACCCAAACACAGGGUUUCUUUACUUGGUCAAUCUAUAUUUCCUCUACCACUACUCCUCAAGGCUGGAAACAGGGGCGUUCGAUGGCAGACCUGCAGACUAUGUCUUCAUGCUCACUUUUAACUGGCUCUGCAUUGUUAUAGUUGGACUGCUCAUGGACAUGCAGCUGCUGAUGAUCCCACUUAUUAUGUCAGUGCUGUAUGUAUGGGCUCAGUUCAACAAGGACACCAUUGUAUCAUUCUGGUUUGGAACGAGAUUUAAGGCACACUAUCUUCCAUGGGUUAUACUGGGUUUCAAUUUCAUCAUUGGUGGCUCUUUUUUGAAUGAGCUAAUUGGAAACCUAGUGGGCCACCUCUAUUUUUUCCUUAUGUUCAAGUACCCCAUAGACCUCGGUGGACGUGCUUUCCUCUCUACGCCAGAGUUUUUGUAUAGAAUUUUCCCGAACAGGAGGGGAGGGGUGUCAGGCUUUGGAGCACCUCCCACCAGAAGAGCAGCUCCUCAGGAACAGGCUGGGUUUGGAGCAGGGCGACACAACUGGGGCCAAGGAUUUCGUCUGGGGGGUGAAUGAGUUUUACCCCCCAUUGCCAAAAUUUUAACCUUAAAUGACUGCAGUUUGUAAUUUUGGGGAAAAUGUAUGCCUCUUCACAAAAAAAAAAAAAAUAAUAAUAAUCGUUUGAGAAGAAGACGUUUCCUAAUGUAGUACCGCACAGCAAGCUUUGCUUUAACUACUACUGUGGAUGUGCAGCAGAGAACAAGAAGAAAAUAGACAGUUAUGGAUUUAUAUAUUUGGAUGUACAAACUCUCCUCACUUUUUUCUUAAUCCUGUCCAUCAUUGAUCUUUUUUUUUACCCCAAGUUGCUGUAGAGACCAAUCACAGCUCUCUUCUAUGAUUUUGAUCUUUUCUCUCUUGAUUUCUAAGAUGCCAUAUCAGAGUACAUUGUAAUUUCUUGUGUACUGGUUAAAAUAGACAGCCACUUACAGCUGUUUAGAGGUUUGUUUAGAGGUCUCUACAUUGUGUUAAGUGUUUGAGCUGCCGUAGCUCAGACUCCAGCUUUGUCUCAAUCUAAAUUCCUUAAGGAUUAAAUUUUGUUUUUGUAAAUAUAACAGUUCUUUAUUGAAAGUA